UCCCUCGUCUCGCCCGCCCAUCUCCUCCGGCCUCCCAUUCCCAAGCUCCCUCCUCCGCCUCUCCCGCCCGCCCGCGAGCGGAGACCUCUCGAAUCUUCGAGGCCAUCCCCGUCCGCGAGCGAUGCAGCCGCGGCGGCAGCAGCAGCAGUCCAUCCUAUCGUUCCUCCAGAAGCCGCCACGGGAUCCCGCCGGCGCCGGGGAGGGCACGCCCCCUGAGAAGCCCCCGCGCCCGCCCGCGGGGUCGGUCGCGGGCAUCAUGGAGAGGCUCGUGCGCCCGCCACCGCGGCCGCAGCCGCCGCAGGGGAGCAGAAAUCAAGAUGCUUCCCAGGCUGGACAUUUCAGUGGGAAAACCUUGCCUGGAAGAAUUCGUGUUCCCUCAGAUGGGCACUCAAGCGCAUUGUCCUCAGGUUCCUGGAACGGUGAAUACGGCAGAGCAACCAUGUUUCCAAAACAAGGUUCGGGUAUCAUUCCCUCACAGGAGCCCCAGAAGUACCCAUUGAGGUCCUCCACUGAUGAAUUUGUUCAAGCAAGCUCACUGGUCCCAGAAUUUGGGCCAAAUCAGACUCCUCUUCAGGCUAGAUCCUUAUUUGAAGACUUUGAUGUACAAACACCUUCACAGGUUUCCUCAAAGAAAGUCUUCCUGGGGCCUGCUCAUGGAGCUGAUACACCUCUAACAGAAUCCGGUUCAGAUCGAACUCAUUUACAGCAUUCAGCAAAGAAGUUCUCAUUGGUUUCUGCUAAUGAUGAAUAUACUAGAGCAGCGACAACCUUUGUGCUGAAUUCAAAUGAUACUCGUACAGAGGAACAUUUAAAUAAGCUAUGCCCAGGGUCUUCAGAUCCUUUGUAUAUUAAAGCAACAAAUUUGUUUGCAGAAUUCGAGGCAAAUGCAACUCCAUUGAAGAAUCACUCGAAAAAUUCCUCCCUUCUUAUGAAUGAUAAACAUAUUGGAGCAGCUGCUACUAUAUUUCCAGAACUUGAUUCUAGUCCUCUGAAACCAGAAACGCCAGCAAUGCGAGCAGUCAUUCCUCGCCUGAAGCGAGUUCAAGAAGAACAAGGUGUGGCUGCCAACAAACCAUGCUCUCCUUUGUGGGUCUCGAACAAGAAGAUGAAAUCAGCUAAUUGUUCUCCUAUUGAGAAGAAGGAUCGUGAUGAAAUGGCUGAUAGUGCGCGUAGGAAGUUUGAGUGGCUGAAUCCAUCUACCAUCAGGGAUGCAAAUAGAAGGCGUCCAGAUGAUCCACUUUAUGACAAGAGUACACUUUUUAUUCCACCUGAUGCAUUGAGAAAGAUGUCAACAUCUCAAAAGCAAUACUGGAAUAUUAAGUGUAAAUAUAUGGACGUUGUCCUCUUUUUCAAAGUGGGAAAAUUUUAUGAGCUCUAUGAGCUAGAUGCUGAGAUUGGCCAGAAAGAACUUGACUGGAAAAUGACUGUUAGUGGGGUGGGCAAGUGCCGACAGGUUGGCAUUUCAGAAAGUGGGAUAGAUGCUGCUGCUGAUAAGCUUGUAGCUCGGGGGUAUAAAGUUGGAAGAAUAGAGCAAAUGGAAUCUGCAAACCAGGCCAAAGCUAGAGGAUCAAAUGCAGUUAUUGAAAGAAAGCUGCUUAAUGUGUCCACACCGUCGACUGCAGUUGAUAGCAACAUUGGUACGGAUGCUGUUCACCUUCUUGCACUGAAAGAGGUUACCCUAUCUUCUAGUAGUUCUCGGGUCUAUGGAUUUGCUUUCCUAGACUAUGCUGCUCUUAAAAUUUGGGUUGGAUCACUCCAUGAUGAUGAUUCGUCUGCAGCUUUGGGGGCUUUGUUGGUGCAGGUUUCUCCAAGAGAAAUAAUCUAUGAAACCUCAGGCCUCUCAAAAGAAACUCAUAAAGCGAUCAGAAAAUAUGCCUCAGCAGGAUCUGUGAAGAUGCAGCUGACCCCCCUACCUGGGAUAGAUUUCUCUGAUGUUUCACAAAUUCGAAUGUUAAUACAUUCGAAAGAGUACUUUACAGCAUCAGCAGAGUCGUGGUUAUCUGCUUUGGAUUGUGCAUUGAAUCGAGAUGCAAUUAUUUGUGCACUUGGUGGACUUAUUGGUCAUUUGACUAGGCUCAUGUUACAUGAUGCCCUGAAAAAUGGGGAAGUCUUAUCAUACCACGUGUACAAAACCUGUCUAAGGAUGGAUGGUCAAACUCUUGUGAACCUUGAGAUUUUCAGCAACAAUUUUGAUGGCGGUUCAUCAGGUACUUUAUAUAAGCACCUUAAUCAAUGUGUCACAGCAUCUGGUAAGAGGCUGCUAAGAAGGUGGAUUUGUCAUCCGCUUAAGGACAUUGAUGCUAUCAAUAAAAGGCUCGAUGUUGUUGAGGCCUUCAUCCAAAACUGUGGACUGGGCCCUACAACACUUGGAUAUCUCCGCAAAAUUCCUGAUCUUGAGAGAUUGUUAGGACAAGUUAAAUCUACUGUUGGAUUAUCAUCUUCAAUUCAAUUGCCGUUUGUUGGAGAAAGGAUAUUAAAGAAACGGAUCAGAACAUUUAUAAUGCUUAUCAACGGCCUCCGGAAUGGACUUGAUUUACUAAAUGACUUACAAAGAGCUGAUCAUGGUGUAUCAGCACUUUAUAAGGUUGUAGAGAUUCCAACAUUGAGCUCCCUUCAUGAAUUGAUCCAUCAAUUUGAGAAGAGAGUACAAGAGGAAUUUCCAUGUUACCAGGAUCUUGGUGUCGAAGAUAGUGAUGGCGACACUUUGGCUCUUCUAGUGGGACUUUUUGUUAGAAAGGCUUCUGAAUGGUCUUUAGUGAUCAAUGCUGUGAGCACUAUUGAUGUGCUUAGGUCCUUUGCUGCAAUGACAUUGUCAUCAUUCGGCACCAUGUGCAAACCACACAUUCUACUGAAAGAUGAUGUGCCUAUACUUCGGAUGAAGGGUCUAUGGCAUCCCUAUGCUUUUGCAGAAAGUGCAAACGGGUUGGUACCAAAUGAUUUAACCCUUGGUCAGGAUUUAUCUGGCUUCAAUCGUUUUGCGUUGUUGUUGACUGGUCCAAAUAUGGGUGGGAAAUCUACAAUGAUGCGUGCCACCUGCCUGACUAUUGUGCUUGCCCAGCUUGGCUGUUAUGUCCCCUGCACAUCCUGUGAAUUGACCCUUGCAGAUUCCAUCUUUACACGUCUUGGUGCAACAGAUCGGAUUAUGUCUGGAGAGAGCACAUUUCUUGUUGAAUGUACAGAGACUGCUUCUGUUCUUCAGAAUGCAACUGAGGAUUCUCUUGUAUUGCUUGAUGAGCUUGGCAGAGGAACUAGCACAUUUGAUGGAUAUGCAAUUGCGUAUGCUGUGUUCCGGCACCUCGUGGAGCAGGUGCGAUGCCGUCUGCUCUUCGCCACUCACUACCACUCUCUGACAAAGGAGUUCGCCUCCCACCCUCACGUGAGCCUCCAGCACAUGGCCUGCAUGUUCAGAGCAAGGAGCGGCGCCCAUGAUGUCAAUGGCGAGAAGGAGCUCACCUUCCUCUACCGUCUUGCCUCAGGGGCCUGUCCAGAGAGCUACGGCCUACAGGUCGCCACAAUGGCAGGGAUUCCGAAGUCGAUAGUGGACAAGGCAUCCGUCGCAGGCCAGGCGAUGAGGUUGAAGAUUGCCGGUAACUUCAAGUCCAGCGAAGAGCGGGCCGCGUUCUCAACCCAACAUGAAGAGUGGCUGAGGACGGCCAUGUCGGUCAUCGUGAAGGACGGGCACCUAGAUGAGGACAUCAUGGACACGUUGUUCUGCGUCUGCCAAGAGCUGAAGUUUCACUUCAGGAAAGCGAGACGAGCGUCCACCGCCACUGACCACUAAUUAUCACUGUUUAUAUCAAUUGUAAAUGCUACCUUUUGCAAGUUAAUGUCGUAUCUUUUGAAUCACUACAUGUAAUAUAAUCUGCCUUUUUUUGCACCAUGA